UCACAUCGAAGAGGCGUACUUUGAUAUGAACGGAGUGCCGUCUUCGAGCACAGUGUUGAGAUAGAACUCCUCCACCGUACGACGGGGGAUGAGAUUAUCGGGGACGUCAACGUAGCUGCACGCACGCGCACACACAAACACGCACACGUCUGCCCGCGUGUGUGCGAGUGUCAUCCCUACUGACGCCGUGCUGAUGUGGGCGUCGGAGAAGUAGCUCAGGAACUUGGCUGGGCAGAACGAAGAACAAGGGAGAGUCGAGGCUCAUCACGGGUUCUGCAUAGUUGUGUGUCGUGUGGUGGUGCCCACCAGGGUCUACGGUGGCCGACAUCAGCACCACCUUGAUUUGCAGGUUGGCACGCACGAGCUGUCUCACCCUCGCCUGGCACAU